UUUGAGAAAACUUGAAAUAUUAAUGCAGCAAACUUCAUUUUUAAGUUAACACAACUUUUUUUUGCAAAGUAGUUCAUCUAAUGGAUGUAUUGUUUUAUGGUGUGUGGACUAUCUUGUAUUUGACUGCAUGAUGAAAACGUUAUAUUAAAGCCAACCAGCAGACGACUUGUAGAUGUACUGUCGAAAAACGGAACUAAUGUGAUAAACCGCGUUUCUCGGGGACGACGGACCGUACUGUAAGAAAUCAAAAAUAUUGUGUUCUUUGCUGGUAAACAUAUCUAUGUUUUCUUCAACAUUAUGGCACAUUGAGGGAUGUUCCAGAAGCUCUGUUCUGUUUCUGAAGUCUUUAAAGUGUGCCGCGUUCUCCUUGUCUCACGGUCAUUGCUCCAGCUCGCGCACGGUCACUCAUCCAAGCAGCGGACAGAAGUCGAGGCUCUCAGUACGGUGUCGGUCUAAACCUCAGAGACAGGUCUGUAAAACUAUACUGCAGCAUUUUGAUGCGCAGUACAGCGAAGAGCUUGGAGAGCAGUGGAAAAGUGCAAGGGGUGUGCUUCUUAAUCCGCACUCAUGGCAAUAUGGUGUCCUGCUUAAUCGCUUCAGUGACCUUACAAACCUUGAGCAAGGCCUCAGAGCGCUAGGAUACACAAGCCUCCUGCCACGAGUACAGCCUGAAUCCCAGUCCCAUACAGCCCACAUCCCUCUACAGUGUCUUAUUCACCGAGAUCCAGUCCGUCUGCCCAACCAAGGUCACCAACCAAGCUGGCUCAAACAGUACUUUCUUCUGAAUGCAGCUUCUGUUCUGCCAGUACUGGCUUUAGAUGUGAGGGACGGAGAAAAUGUGCUUGAUCUUUGUGCAGCUCCUGGUGGGAAAAGUCUGGCCAUACUGCAGACAGCCACUCCUCGGCUCCUGCACUGUAAUGAGGUGGAUACGCACAGACACGACUGGCUGUUGAAGACUUUGGAAUCAUAUGUUCCUACUACGCUACAACACUUGCUUUCAUUGACUCGCCUGGAUGGCAGGAGCGUUGGAGACGAGCGGCCGGGGGCUUAUGACAAGGUGCUUGUAGAUGCCCCAUGCUCUAAUGACCGGAGUUGGCUUUAUACCCCUGAUACCCACCAAGGGGACAUCUGGCUAAAGGAGAGAGCUCAACUACCACUCCUACAGAAACAGCUGCUGUGUUCGGCCCUAGCAGCAGUGCGUCCUGGGGGAGUGGUUGUUUAUUCCACAUGCACUAUGUCACAGGCAGAGAACCAAUCAGUGAUGGAAGCCGUCCUCGCAUCCUAUCAGGGGAUGGAGCUUCUGGAUCUCACGCAGUUGAUUGACUCGCUGUCUGAUCACUUUGGCUUUGCCCAUCUCCAUCCUCCAUUGGGACAUUUAGUGAUCCCCAAAAAGGGGCAGACUUGGGGACCUAUGUAUGUUUGUCGAUUGAAGAGAGUAUAUUAAAAACUUAGCAGUGUAGUAUUGUGUCCUUACCACAUCUGAGAUGUAGUUGACUCAAACUCAACUGUCUUUAAUAAGCUGUCAAGUAAAGCUUUUUGAACUAACAUCAGAUAAAUAUAUCUAGAUUAUUUUCAUUGACUAUAUUUUUCCUCUAAUAUAUUUUUCCUCAUGACCAUUUAUUUAUAUGUGGUACUUUUGGCUGAAGACGCGGCGCGAUGUGACGCACGGCUUGUUCUAAUGGGAUUGUCGCGCUUCACUGCGUCACGUCCGGUGUGGACAAAAUUUAAAAUGAUAAUGGAUUCUAAUGCGUUCUAUUGUCUCUUGUCGCGUCGCAUCCGGUGUAGACACAGUGUCAGUAAACAGGUCAGGCAGGAAUACAGGAAUUGCUCAAGACCCUUCACAGUUGAAGCACCACUUAAGAUGAAAGCUGUUUUUGAAUCAUUUUCAACAUUUUAACAUAGUUGAGUAAUGCAUGCAGACUUGUGUUUUUAUCUACAUUUAGUUUUUUUCUAAACCUCUAAGCUGAUCUGCUCGAGGGGUUUUGCUGUUGUCAGCCUUUGAGGUCAAUGACAAAUUGUAUCUAACAAAACUAAAAUCAUUUAAGGGGCACAUUUUGAUUAUGUGACACCCUUUUAACACAGUACGGAACAAUGUCUAACUGCAGAAUUGUUUAAAUAAAUACAAAGCUAUAAUAGUGUGGAGUGCGUACUGUUGCAAUGCUUUGGUUUCAUCAUCUUCAGAGGUCAUCAACAUUUAUAGCAAGUUGGAAAAAACUGUUGUAGCUGUAUAGCAACUGUAAAUUAGCUGCUUGAUAUGUUACAUACUGGAUAUUUUUGCUUCCUCAAGAUUGAUCUCAAACUGCGACGUCUCCACACAUAUUUAUCGACAUUGUAUAAUGGAAUUAUAACCUAUUCUUCAAAGCAUUACCAGCUAAACUUAGUGCAGCGUGGAUUUUGCAGUAUGUUUUAGGUCAUUGUCCUGGGUGGAAGAUGAAUCAUAUUCUAAAUUUCAGUGCUUUCUCAGAUUGCUGCAUCCUUGUCCUCAGGGAUUCUACUGUACUUUGCUCCAUCCAUUUUUACUUUAUUAGUUUUCUAAUAUUUGCCGCAGAGAAACGUCCUUAAAACUGGAUGCUGUAGCCACCAUGCUUCACUGUAAAGAUUGCUCUGUCAGUGUAGUGUGACUUUGCAUUUUACUAAAAGUGGCCUAAAAGUGUUUUUCAUCCAAGGCUUUCUUCUCGUCACACUGCCAUAUAAGCAAUUUUUUUUAUUGUUAUAUCAUGCAUGCUGUUGUUAUAUCAUUGCGCACUGUGUUUGCCAUGGAGGCCUAUAAUUGUGCAGUCCGUCAUUUGUGAGCACUGUAAAGCAUUCUGGAUAGAUUCACAGUUGUUUCCUAUUUUGUGCUCCACGUCACACCUCUAUUGUAGAUUUGUAUUUUAAUAACUUGGAAAAGAAAGUUGGUGACUUCAAAUCAAAUUUGGGUUUAUUGAAGCAGGAGGUUAAUACCUGUGCAUUCAUCAUUUCCAUUUUCUUUUAUUGUAUAAUUUACUAUUGAAUUUAGUAGGAUAUCUUAUUUUGAUAUUAUUGAAUUAUGUUCGUUGACUGGAAAACUCUCUCAUACAUCAUAGUUUUGUGCAAAUAAAAAUUGAAAAGGUCCUGAAAAGGUCCUAAAGAGGUGAAUGCUUUUUUUCUGUGAAAAACAGUUUCAUCCCUGGAAUCUUUAAAGUGUGCUUUUUAAGAAAACCAUGGAAACCUUUCCUUUGUCUACACCCCAAUUAUCCCUCAGUCUGUGGCGUAUAUGAAGUACAAAUCUACAAUUAAAUAAAACUGAUGGUAAUUUAUCAAAUUCUUAUUACUAUUUCAGUUAUUAAAUAUAUGUAAAAUAUUUUAUAAAGCAGCUUUGCUCGCACGUGUAUAGGAGAACGGAGCUAAAUUGCCUCGGUGUGUGAGUUUGAGCCGGGACGGCGGGUGUAUUCGCCCUUCCAUUUUCCGCGAUAGGCUCCGCUUGCCCUUUCAAAUCAGUGAGCGGCUCACUCGCGCAGGAAAUGAAUUAUUACCUCUCAGAGGGAGAGGAAAAAGACAGAAAACCAGGGGCAGAGACUGGCAACGUUAAAGUGUAGUCAGUAAAGAUCGCACUGAGUCCAUUGCUCGUCUGAGAAAUGAGCCCCGGCUGGUGGAAAAUACUUUAAAUAAAAAGACUUUAAAGAAAAUUAUAAGACUGUUCGUAUUG